AUGGGAGAAGUAGAUGAGUUGAUUGAGGUGGGUAGCAUCACUGGAAAAAAGCUUAGAAUUACAGCUACUUGGUCUUUAAUCAUCCCCGAUUUUUACAUUUCGGUUCUUUACUCAAAAGCACUUUCUGUUUAUGAGACGUCUUCUCUUAGUGAUUACUUUCUCAACAUGAGCACCCCAUGCAAUAACGAGCAAGAACAUGGUACUGUAGCAGGAUUUGAAACUCCUGAUUCGCCUAGUUCAAGUUAUAACAAUGUAUUCCCUGGAAAUGAAGAUGAGGCACGUGAAGCACCUGGUAUCCCUUCACACUUGCAGCAUACAUUGUUAAGCUGCCCUGCUAGUAGAGAAACCUCUGUUACACUUCCGCUGCCUCAAAAUGUGAUAGUAAACCAUCUUUACAUCGAAAAUAGGGAAGCUCCAAGAUCCGUUGUGGCGCUGGGUUUUACCCAUCGUUUCCGGUCAAAGUUUGUCACUGUUGUUCUUUACAAGCCUGUCCCGAGAAGGGGGAGCAAUGCUUGAUGUAUAGCCAGCCAGAAAGUAGUCAUUCAAUUAGGUGUUGCCCAUUUUACCUCAAUUAAUGUGGAAUAUUCUGAAAAUGUUUUCAGGGAAAAUACCAUUGUGGUUUAUUGCCUGGUAAUCAAAAUUUCCAUAAUUUAGGAUUGCUCCACCGCGCUCGCCGCCCCGGCAUUGGCUAAGAUUAAUGGUUAGCAUGAUAUACAAUGUUCUAGACCUAGUACAAGGAAGAAUUUAUUGGCAGCUUGUUGUUGUUGUAACUAUUAGUUGGAGCUGACCCACUUGUUCAUAUGUUUCCCGAUGUCAUGACACCAUUUCAUGAUUGACAUUGAGAAUUUGAGAUUGUGUUUCGUUCUUCUUUGGCUGAUGGGAUCUGGAAUGGCUUCACCAGUCCAUCAGAUAAAUCACUCUUAUUUUCAGGAAAUCAAAUAGGACUAAUUCGCUAUUGUUUGUU